UAUUGCGCUGCAUGCACGCCUGUAAUCCACAGACCUUGUUUAUUAAUGCGCUGACAUGUCAGUCUGGAAAAAAAAAAACACGCCACCUUUUCAAUCAAACCAGAACUUUUCCAGCGUUCUGUCCUUCACAGUCUGUGACCGGAGCCGGGGAAAAUUACAGCAGUAAACAGAAGAAAAAACAGCCACCGUUUAUAUUUUGGGAAUUGUAGUUUAAACUGUGGGGCUCCUACCGCUCUUGCUAAGCAGUGGUUGCGUUUAAAAAAACUACAAUUCCCACAAAGCCCCAGUGUUCUAAAAUACGCGUUUCAUAACACGCGCACAGCGGGUUAUAGUUUAGCAGCUGCACCUUCUGCAAAACGCCGUGAUAUAAAUUAUUUAAAAAUCUCCAACGACGUGCUGUCUGGGGUCGGUAUAAAAUAGCACACUAACUGGUGUGUUUCUUUCAACACCGGAAAAGGAAAUCCAUGAACACCCAUACAAACCAAAAUGGCUGCGCCUGUUUGUUGAAAUGUGUUAUUUUUGGUCCCCAAACCAAAACACAUGCUGCAGUAAGAUCAUCGCACAUUACCACCACGAAGCUGUAUUACACGACAACGGAUGCAACUCGAACAAAGUGUUCUUUGACUUUUCUUAGGGGGCGAUCUUGGCAGGACUGUAUGAACCUCAACCAUGCCAGUUGUGUGCAGCAGCUGUGAGAAGAAAAACGCCGUCCUGAAGCGGCCCAAGACCGGCUUCUCUCUGUGCAAGGACUGCUUCUUCUGGGCUUUCGAGGAAGAGGUGCACCAAACGAUCUCGUCAGCCAGGCUGUUUACCGCGGGCGAGACCGUCGGGAUCGGGGCGUCAGGCGGCAAGGACUCCACGGUGCUGGCUCACGUCAUGAAGGUCCUCAACGAGCGCUACGGCUACGGCUUGGACUUGAUGCUGCUCUCCGUGGACGAAGGCAUCACCGGCUACCGGGACGACUCUCUGGAGACGGUGAAGCGCAACCAGCAGCAGUACGACCUGCCGCUCAAGAUCGUCUCGUACCAGGAGCUGUACGGCUGGACCAUGGACGCCAUCGUCAAGCAGGUGGGCUUGAAGAACAACUGCACCUUCUGUGGGGUCUUCAGGAGGCAGGCGCUGGACAGGGCAGCCAUGAUGCUCAAAGUGGACAAGAUUUGCACAGGUCACAACGCUGACGACGUAGCCGAGACGGUGCUGAUGAACUUCCUGCGGGGCGACAUUGCGAGGCUGCGCCGUUGCACUGCCAUCACCACGGGGAGCGAGGGGGCCAUCCCCCGCUGCAAGCCGCUCAAGUACGCUUACGAGAAGGAGAUCGUCCUGUACGCCUACUUCAAGAAGCUCGACUACUUCUCCACCGAGUGCGUCUACUCGCCCAACGCCUACCGCGGCCACGCCCGCGCGUUCCUGAAGGACCUGGAGUCCAUCCGGCCGAGCUCCAUCGUGGACAUCAUCCACUCGGGGGAGAACCUGUCCGUGAAGGAGGACGUGAAGAUGCCGGUCCAGGGCAUCUGCUUGCGCUGCGGCUACAUCUCCAGCCAGAAGCUGUGCAAGGCCUGCGUGCUGCUGGAGGGGCUGAACCGGGGGCUGCCCAAGCUGGGCAUCGGGAAGCACCACAAGCUCCACCACAAGCUCCUGGCCCAGGAACCCCUGACAGAGAAGGAGGAGAAGAAACUCAAGGCGGUCGAUUUCUGAGCGGGGCAGUGUUUGUACAUCUUGAACUCGGGGUUGAUUUGAUCCAUUUGUAGCUGUACCAAGUAACCCCCCUGGAUUACAUCACCUACUUAUUUUAGGGGUAAUCUCUGGAUAACCAUGGAUAAGUGGUGGAUGCAAUCUGGGUUGAUUUACCCUGGUGCUGUAAAAUGCUCUAAAAAUUCAACUAUAUGUUGAUCAAAUCAACACCUACUAUAAAUAAUGUAGUUAAAAUGUAUUUGGCAAUCCGAAAGACAGCUAGUCAAAGACUUUUUAUCAUCUUUUAGUAUUGCUAAAUGUUCUACCAUGGCUUUGUAGUUCUGGAGCUUGACCUGUGUAGUGCUGUAUUUAAAAUGUUAAAGUGGUGCAGUGUUGCAGACAGACCAAUACCACAGAAUGGCCGUGCUGUAAUAUGCUUUAUUGUACACUGUCUGGUAUAUGACUAGUUUUAUGGAUACAGAAUCUCACAUUCUAUUGGGGAGAAACAUCAUGAGUAAAAAAAGGAAAUAAAACAAACCACAUUGGAUUAGCAAGAACCCUGCUUCUUAUUGUUUUUAAAACUUUAUUUAAAUAUCAUUGAAAUAAACGAUUUCUACAAAAACCAAA